AUUUAGGAUCAGCGAUGAGCACUUUCCGAUUCUCGCUCUGUUGGAAUUUCCUUUAAUUCCGGGCCGCGAGCAUUGGCGCAAUAUCAGUACAAUAUCACCCGCUCGUAUUGCAAUUACUUAUCAAGGAUCCCUUAUCUUCGUUUGUUGAAUCUCCCUCAUUGAGAUUCAACUGCACCAUCAUGCAGACGAAGCUGCCAGAGUAUUCUCUGCCAUCAGCCAACGGUCUGAGGCCCACUGGCAAGCGAUCCCAGUUUAUCAGACUUCUAGGGGUUGCGUUUCUGUUCAUCACAUGGGCCUCUCUCUCCCUCUUCCGACAUUACAGUAGUCGGAGUGAUGUCUCAUUGCUGGCUUCACCUAGAUGCUCACAAGUUGAUGUCCUGGUCCCCGAGAAGAAUGCAGAUGUCUGGAAAUCAGCGGGGAAGACCAUUUCUACCGAGGAAUUCAAGUUGAAGGCGGCAUCGUUGCUUGGUGGUGCUAUUCAGAUUCCUGGGGAGUCAUACGACGACAUGGGUCCUGUCGGCGAAGAUUCCCGUUGGGAGGUACAUGAUAAAUUCCACCGGUACCUUGCCGAGGCCUUCCCGCUAGUACACGCGACGUUUGUCCUCGAGAAAGUCAAUACGUAUGGUUUGUUAUACACUUGGAAAGGAAGCGAGGCAUCAUUGAAGCCUCUUCUUCUAUUGGCCCAUCAGGAUGUCGUUCCUGUUGAUCCCAACACCAUUGAUAAAUGGGCACAUCCACCCUUCUCUGGAUACUUUGAUGGUGAUCGCAUAUGGGGACGCGGCUCUUCCGAUGAUAAAAGUGGUUUGAUCGGCAUCUUAUCGUCACUACAAGUACUGUUAGAAAAUGACUUCAGGUCAACGAGAACCAUAAUUCUAGCUUUUGGUUUUGAUGAGGAGAUUGGCGGAUUUCAGGGAGCAGGACACCUUGCGCCUAAGAUUCUGGAGACUUAUGGCGAAGAUUCGGUAGCUUUGUUAGUCGACGAGGGUGGUGGGUUCGGCCAAGAGUAUGGAACCGUCUUUGCCACUCCGGGAAUCGCUGAGAAAGGUAGCAUGAAUGUCCGGCUCGACGUCGCCACACCUGGUGGACACAGCAGUGUUCCGCCUGACCACACGAGCAUCGGUAUCCUUUCAAGACUGCUUGUCGAAUUUGAAGAUAAUCCUUACGAGAUUCACCUUCGAAGAGGAACGCCAACGUAUGAGCUUUUCCAAUGCUUUGCGGAGUACAGCAAAAACAUUCCCGAUAAGCUACGGAACGAAAUCAAGCGAUCCGCCAAGUCUGACAAGGCCCUGCUCAACGUUGAAGAUGUAUUGUUCCAAGAUCCUUUGUAUAAGAGUCUCGUGGGAACUACCCAAGCAAUUGACAUUAUUCACGGCGGAGUUAAGUCUAACGCGCUUCCUGAGCAGGCUUGGGCCAUUAUCAACCAUCGUAUAUCCACUCAAAGCUCUACCUCUGAAACCGUUGAACACGAUACCAAUCUCUUGGUAUCGCUGGCAGCAAGGUUCAACUUGACCUAUACUGCUUUCGGGAAAGACAUUAGCCCGAGUGGGGUACCGACUAAAGGGAGCUUGACCCUUAGCUCGCCCAACUACCUCGACAUUGCUCCAGUAACCCCUACUACAGGAAACAAAGCUGCUCCAUACAAACUCCUGUCUGGAACGAUCAAGGCCACCUACAAUGCAUAUCGGUCUUUGGAAGGCGACAACAUUGUCGUCGGGCCUGGUAUGCCAACGGGAAACACAGACACGAAGUAUUAUUGGGGUCUAACGCCGCACAUCUUCCGGUACAAGCACCAGAAUUCCGGCAAUGGAACAAACACUCUAGGCAGUGGAGCCCAUACAGUCAACGAAUCGAUUAGCGCAGAUAGCUUUGUGGAGAUGAUUCUUUUCUACGCAACCUUGAUAUUGAAUGUGGAUGAGAGUACGGACCUGUAGUGGGGUCUAUUCCCCGGGCAUCCGUUAGUGGAAGAUGGUGACCUGCUGCCUACCUCCGUCACGGUCAACACGUGUUAACUGGUAACCAUCUAUGAGUUCAGAGGCCGUGUUUCCAAGGUCCAUCGACUAUUAAUAUUUGAUCUCACGACUUCCAAUAUUGUUCUCUGUUGACCGUACGCUCUUCAUAUUCCUGAGCAUAGUGGAGGAUAUUUAUCCUGGUGGGAUCACCAUGGAAAGGGUUCAACGUUCAAGCAGCGCU